AUCGGUAUGCAGAGAGAGUCACCGGCACUUCGAGGUCCCUUUCUAUAUCACAUGUGAUUAAAUGAACGCCACGUCUAUAACGUGCUGAUUGUAACUCAUUUGCCGGUUUGACAAAAGUGUUAAAUAACUAUAAGGCUCAAGUAAUUUAUAGAACAAAGAAUGAUUGACCGGAGUAUAAACACAUUAAUAUGGAAUAUCGGAUUGUUGUUUGGAUUAAUUAUUCUAGUUUCUGGCUCGGGUGAUACUAUCGAUCCUGAUCUGAGUUUUAAAAACGUGGAAAAACAUAUCGAUUUACAAUCACAAUUAACAAAAAUUACUGCCAGACUUGUAUUAGAAAAUGGAAGCAAAGAUCGUCAUAUACGAAAUUUCCUUUUUGCAUUGGAACCUAAGCAAAAAGAGAGUCUCAGUUACAUAGCAGCUUACAGAGAACCUGUGCGAGUUGAAUUAAAGUUGACUGAAAUAAAGGUAAAUGCACAUCCAGAUAAAACUUUUUAUCAAAUUGAAUUGAAGGACCCACUUUCUCCUGGGAGAACUAUGUCUGUGGAAAUUGAAUGGAUAUUAACACAUGAACUUAUACCUCAUCCUAAGGAGAUUACGCAAAAGGAAAAGCAAUUAGUAAAAUAUAUAGGAAAUAUUUAUCUUUAUUCACCGUACAGUAUAACAAAACAGACAACCACUGUGUCUUUACCAUCACGUAAUAUGGAAAAUUAUACUAAAUUUAAACCUGUUUCACAAAGUGAUUCUGUAAUUACAUAUGGCCCAUAUGAAAAGCUUCCAUCAUUUUCUUAUGAAGAAUUAAACAUACAUUUUGAAAACAAUAAUAAAUUCUUGACUGUUACCAGACUUGAAAGGAGUAUUGAAAUAUCGCAUUGGGGUAACAUAGCUGUAGAAGAACAUAUUGAUUUGUUACACACUGGUGCAUUAUUGAAAGGUUCAUUUUCGCGUUAUGAAUUUGCCAGAGAAUCAAAAUCAGGCCAGGCUAGUAUUCAAAGUUUUGAUACUAUUUUACCUGCUGCUGCAUCUGACAUUUAUUAUAGAGAUGAAAUUGGAAACAUUUCAACAUCGCAUACACGUAUAAAAAAAGACUCGGUGGAAUUAAAUCUUCGUCCGAGAUUUCCACUUUUUGGUGGUUGGAAGACUAAAUAUAUUGUAGGAUAUAAUGUUCCUAGUUACGAAUAUCUAUUUCAUGCUGGUGAUCAGUAUACUCUAGAAAUGAGAUUGUUAGACCAUGUAUUCGAUGAUAUGAUAGUAGAUGAAUUAAUUGUAAAAAUUAUUUUACCAGAAGGUUCAACCAACAUUGAAUUGUCCCUUCCAUAUUCUGCAACACGUUUGCCGGAUUCUCUUCAUUAUACAUAUUUAGACACCACUGGUCGCCCAGUGAUUUCUGUUACAAAGAAAAACUUGGUUGAAAAUCAUAUUCAAAAUUUCAAACUGAAAUAUAAAUUUCCACGUAUAUUGAUGCUACAAGAACCGUUGCUUGUAGCAGCAGCAUUAUACUUAUUGUUUUUGUUAGUAAUUACUUAUGUAAGACUUGAUUUUUCUAUUGAUAAAGAUGAGAUUUCAGAAAGUAAGUUAAGAAUUGCUGGGCAAUGUGAAAAAAUCUUAGCCGCACAAGAUCGUCGAGUAACGUCUUACAACGAAUUGGAUGAUCAACUGGCAUAUUUGAAAGCAAAUAAGGAUGCUAAUGCAUUCUUAUCUGUUGUAAAAGGUAUUAAUCAAGAAUAUAAAAGUGCAACCAGUGCUAUUAACGAAAUUUCACAGCGCUUGAAAGGAGAAUCUGGAGACAUAUAUGAUCGUGUUCAAGAAUUACAAAAAUAUGAUAGAACAUUAAAAGAACUUUACAAUCAGCAACAAGCAUUGUAUGUGGAUAAAUUAGUACCAGGUAAAAUCGGGCGUCAGCAAUUUGUCGAAGCAGAAGCGGUCAUUACUAAAAAGAAGGAAGAAUGUGUUGAAAAAAUAAACUCUAUUGUAAAAUCUUUACAAUAAUGAAAUUCAUGCUUAUACUUUCUUACAAGAAAUGUUUGAAAGUAAAUGACUUAAUAAAAAAUAGUUUAAACAAUAA